GGAGGCAGGCGCAAGUGUCUGGGCCGCCUUUUGCGAACUGCUCUUCCUUCCUGAUCACUUUUCAACUUCUGUCAUCUCUUGAAGUGAUCAUACUUACAGCUCGAGGAACAAUACUUCGCCCCCAGCUAUGAAUUGUAACUACUCGUUCCAGUCCAGAUUCGGCGGUAAGCGAUGCAAUGCGAUGCUUCCAGAAAGUUUAGGCGGCGGUCGAUGACACCGCCUUCCAGUUUCAGGAUUUCGGAUAUGACUCAGCGGCUCUCUCAAUGUGCUUCAAAACCAAAAGAUCUUCUCGAUGCGUCCAGCAUCCGACAAACCAACAUGAGAAUCGCAACGGAGAAAGACACCGUCGCUACGAAACCCACUUUUCCGGGCUUACCGACUGAGAUUCAUCGUCUCAUCUACGAGGAGCUAUUUUCUGAUAAGAAAGAGCAACGCAUGGAUCACCCAGUACUGAGGGUUUCGAAAGACAUCUACGCUAUGUGCAGGCCCAUCCUGCUAUCUCGACUGCAACUGCUCAUAACCUUUCAUUCUGGUUUCGAAGAUGAACAAAAUUGGGGGAUGACGCUGAGAUUUAUCUUCAACAACCCAUGGACAGAGGGCGAUUUUUGGUCCCGAGAGUACGAACGUCACAAACUACACGAAAAGCCAGAGCUGAUUGCGCUCCUGUCUGGUGUGAGGACUAUCCUGAUUGGGGGCUGGGCUGACUGGACAUCUGCGUGCUACCAUACUGAGUACUGGUCGACAGUCCAAUUGAGAAGCAACAAAUCGUCAGGACAAGCGAUAGUUGAGCAUUGCAAGUCUAUCCUGAAAGAUCAGGAUAUCCCCGAGCAUGAUGAGCAGAUGAUACGUCGAGAGAGGGCAGUGGCUCGCGCAUCUGAGGCUAGCGUCUGCACUAUGGAGUUGCUGAAGGAGAUAGAAGAUGUCGUGUGCGAAUACGGGUACUUGAAUCGAUGAGCUUUCUGAGGAGAACGAAACUAUCGGCCUCCCAUCCAUCCUCAGGCCGAUACCACUCUACCAUCCGAGACUGUUUGUCAACAUACCUAAGCGGCUCGAAUAACUUCAGGCAGCAGUCUAUUCAAGGCAGUCACCACGUGUUUCAGGCCACCAGGCAUGCAUGACUCGGCCAUCAUGCUACAUAUUCAAUGCGUGCGUAUGUCAAUGCGAAAGCACAUACACAGCAACAUAUCAUUUCUAUAUCA